UGAGCGGUAUGAACAAAAGUUAGAUCUAGAUAGCAUAAUUUUUAAAAAUCAAAGACUAGAUCUACCUAAAGAUCUGAAAAAUGAGAGUAGUUAAGCCUGGAUGGAUACACCAUGACGGUAAACCUAUAUUUUCUGUGGAUAUUCAUCCAGAUGGAUCAAGAUGUGCCACUGGUGGCCAAGGCAAUGACUAUGGUAAAAUUGUUAUCUGGAACAUGGAGCCUGUCCGGAAUGGUGCCCUUGAAGAUGAUGAGAAAGUCCCCAAGAUGUUAUGUCAAAUGGACCAUCACUUAGCCUGUGUGAACUGUGUGCGCUGGUCUCACAGUGGUAAGUUCCUGGCAUCAGGAGGAGAUGACAAGCUGAUUAUGAUUUGGCAGACAAGUAGAGGGGCGGGCCCAGCCAAGGCGUUUGGGUCAACUGGCAGUGUAGUGAUACAUGAGCAGUGGCGACCUGUCUUCACACUGCGAGGACACUCUGGGGACGUGUUGGAUUUGAACUGGUCUCCACAAGAUGUGUGGUUAGCUACUUGCAGUGUUGACAACACAGUCAUUAUAUGGAAUGCUCUGAAAUUCCCAGAGCAACUAACUGCGUUACGUGGUCACAGUGGUCUGGUAAAGGGUGUUACCUGGGAUCCUGUAGGAAAAUAUGUCGCAUCUCAGUCUGAUGACCGUACACUAAGAAUAUGGCGAACAAUGGACUGGAAGCAAGAGGCCAUUAUUGAAGAACCAUUUAAGGAAUGUAGUGGAACAACCCAUUCUCUGCGACUUAACUGGUCCCCUGAUGGCCACCAUAUUGUCUCAGCCCAUGCCAUGAAUAAUUCAGGACCAACGGCCCAAAUAAUUGAGAGGUCAGGGUUCAAGGCCAGCUUAGACUUUGUUGGUCAUCGUAAAGCUAUAACAGUAGUGAGGUUUAAUCCAAACAUUUUCUCUAAGAAAUUUAAAGGUGAAAAGUCCCAACAGUACUCUUGUUGUGCUAUUGGCAGUAAGGACAGGUCACUUUCCAUUUGGUUAACAGCACUCAAGCGACCAUUGGUUGUCAUGCAUGAUCUAUUUGAAAACUCCAUCUUGGAUUUGACAUGGAGCCAGAAUGGACUUGAGUUGAUGAGUUGCUCCAGCGACGGUUCUGUGGCGUUUAUGGAUUUCUCCAAGGAUGAGAUUGGCAAUCCUCUCUCAAAAGACGAAGUUACCAAUUUACUGGAAAAUAUUUAUGGCAAAGGCAUAUCCCUCCAUGCUUCUGCCACCAAGGGCAGCCAGAUCAUUGAGUCGGCAGCCAUGUUGAAUCUACACCAGCAGAAGAACAGGUCAAAUGAUGUCAUGCUCACACCCACCAAACACAGCAACCUGUCCAGUCAGAUGUCUGCAAGUGGGGAUAAAACACCAUUUAAGUCUAGUGACAGAAUUUUACUCCUGCAGCCCACGGACAAGCAGAUUGAGACCAGAACUGCAGAUGGGAGGCGCAGAAUCACACCCAUAUUUUUGGCACCUCAGCCUGAAGUGGGGGAGGUUCCGCUGCCCUUCUCAUCCAACUCAAACAUUGAGUUCCAUUCGUCCUCUGAAUUGAGCAAGAUUGUUGUAGAGAAACAGAACAGAGUGACGGCCCCUGGGAUGAUGUCUCCAUCCUCUGGCUCUGUGCCGUCAUCCCCCCCUCACCUGCAGACCCCACCCUCUGGCUCCACAGCAGCCAAAGAUGCCCAGAAAGCACAAGGGGAGACGAGCAGUGAAGGGCCUGCAAACAAGAUCAAUUUUGAUACACCACUAGAAAAACUAUCAGCUGUAUCUGUUGAUAAAACCCCACAGCAAGAGAAACCAGACAAAACCUCCCAGCAGACAGUGUCAGACAAGCCUAAAGCCCAGGAGAAGGAAGCUGAGAAGGAUUCGUCUCUGGUGAAAGAUAAGCUCAAGUCACGCCUCUCAGGGAGCUUAAGUCUCAAACGGAAACGUGAAGAGGAUAAGAGAAAGCGAGGUCGGCCGAGCAAGAUGGACCAGGCGAUGAGAGAAGCAGCAAUGUCUGCAGCAGCAGCUGAAGCUGUCAGUUCAAUAUCCACAGUCAACAGGCUGGAGGCUCCUGCUGCACCAGCUGUAGCUGGGCCACAGCAGCAGAGAGUGCAAGCACCAACCCCAGAUUUACAUCUCCCAGCCAUGAGCAUUGAUAAAGCUGUCUCCCAAGUGAUUCAAGGCCUUUUGGGAGAUGCUGAAGCUCUAGUGCUGGAGGUGGAAAAUGGCCUAGAACUUGGAACAGGCAAGGUUCACAGACUGAGAUGUAUAAAAGGUGGAAAAAUUUUGUGGGACCAGAUGUUCACUUCAAAGAUCUGUGCAACAGCUGGCUCAGUACAUGUGCUGUGUGCUGCCUGUGUAGAUGGAACUGUCUCUGUGUUCAGUAAGUGUGGGCGGAGGAUCUUCCCAUUUCUUGUUGUGGGAGCCCAGCCUGCCUUUCUCAUCUGUCAAGGUCAUUAUCUGUUGGUUGUGACAACAAAGGGCACGUUAUUUGUUUGGAAUUGUUCAUUAUUAAAGGUAGAAAUUAAACAAGAAUCUCUCUCAGCUGUAGCAUCAGAAAAGGACUCAGUUGAUAAAAUUGUUUUAACAACAGAAGGAGUUCCAAUAGUUACUUUAACAAAUAAAAAAUCAUACAGUUAUUCUGUCAAUAUUGGUUGUUGGGUUCUAGUCAGUGAUGGUGAGGACAGGCUGCAGAGCUUUGCCAACCAUCACCAGUGCAUGUCCACAAAACUCAAGCCCUCUGAGCCUCUGGCGUCCUUACAGAAGUCGUCAAGGACGAGUGACCUUGCUUCAAGGUCAUUCCAGUCUAACCCUGGAAUCCAGCAAUCCCUGACCUUGAGUCACCUGGAGUCGCAGAUGGCGUCAAGUCUGGCCCUGCUGUCUGCUAAUGAGUACAAGUUUUGGCUGGAGACCUACAUCAGAUAUUUAGCACAAGAGGGAGUGGAAGAAAAAUUGAGAGAAAUAUGUGAUGAGUUGUUAGGUCCAGUCUACCGGUCAUCUAGAUCUAGCAGUACUUGGUCUCAAAAUGUUUUGGGUUUAGAUAAACAUGUCAUUCUCCGCAAUAUCCUGCCUUACAUUGGUGCUGACCUCAAGUUUCAACGGUUGUACACGGAGUACAAGGAACAGUUGGACAUGCAACAACCCUAAUGUCUUCAAGUGGACGCAGCAGUUUGACGCAACAAACUUAUUAUAAAUGGGAAAUUUCACAUUUGCCCACAACCCAUAAAUAUGCACUUUUGCAGGUGCAUUACUGAACAAUGACGUUUCUUUUUGUUGAUCAAAACAUAAACUAAAGAUAUUUUUUUUUACUUAAAAUCGUUAUAGAUUUAUUGAUAAAAUGAAAACAUGAUGAGGUUCUAUGUGAAAACUAUUUCUACUACUGAGGAUUGUUAUUUUAUUUGAAAUGUUUUCACCCAAGUAAUAAAUAUGUAAAAUAUAUUUGCUCAUUUAUUAUACAUGUAAACUAGAUUAAACAAUUUUUUUACA